AGCGUUUCCUGUCGGUUCAGGCGACCAUCUGCCGGCUGGGUGAAGCUGUCACGGAUGUCUGGUGGGGUGUGAAUGUGAUUACGAUAAGGAAAGCGAUUCUUUGAAAACGCAAGGUAAAUAUAAACGUUUCAUACUGCAGAUUGUGAAAGUGACAGAUAAGGUGUUUGAGGUAAAUGUCUUAUGUGUUUACAGGGGAGAGACCCAUAACGGUGUCCUACAUUUUUCCAAAUGGGGACAAAUAUGAGGGGGAGUGCAGCUCUGCAUCAGGGGUGAUGAUGAGGAGCGGCGCUGGUAAACACACCUCAGCUGGUGGAAUUAUAUAUACUGGAGAGUGGUCUGAAGACAAAAUGCAUGGCAGAGGGACCCUGCAGCAUCCCUCUGGAGCGCUCUAUGUAGGAGAAUUUAAAGACAACAUGUAUCACGGCAUGGGCACAUAUACGUUCCCAGAUGGCUCUACUUACAAAGGGAACUUUCACAUGAACAGGUUGGAGGGAGACGGGGCAUUCACUAACGCACAGGGACUAGUUUGGACGGGGGAGUUCCACGGCAAAGCAGCGCUGGGCCUGAAAAUGCAGCACAACAUUUAGGCAAAAUGAGGAUUAUUGUAUUGCUAUUUAUAAAAUACAGUAUGAUAUAUUCUACACUGAAAUCAAACUCUAUUUUUAAAAAAAUACUCAUCAUCUAAAAAGCAAGAGUCUACUUUUUGUAAGUUUCCUUUUACUCAGAAAAUGUCACACUGGGAUUCUUUUUUCGGUCCCUUUUUUCUGCUUAAAAUGUAGCUGCGACAAGAAAGGUGCAUUAUAAGCUACACUUCAAAGCAAACUAAAAUAAAUUCACAAACACUUUUUUUUAAACUUUGAAAAAUAAGCAUCACUCACCCCUCGGAAAAAAAAAAACUGAACAAAACCCCUAAUUAUUUCCACAUCUUGACUCCAUCAGGGUAAAGGAUGAAUAUAGGACAUUUUUACAUCAUUCCACCACCAGCCAAUCACAGAGCGGCAUAUGCUCACGUCCCCAACCACAACAGCUGUGCCCGGACUGUUGGAACAUUAGCCCGA